AUGAGUACAAGUGUUUCUCUCAACCUUGAAUGUUGGAAACUGAGAACCCUUUAUUCUCUUCCCUCUGAUUCAUGGAAAUCACCUCGUUCAGUUUCUUGUCAUACACAGAAACAUGUCACUGAGAGGAACAAAAUCAAUGGUUUUUCUUUUUCCUUGUUGUCUAGGUCAAGGAGCUUGAAGGGUAAAAGAGUAAAUCGUGCUUGUUCUUGUUCUGCUGUUUUUGAUGAUUUUCAUUUUCACAGUGAUGAAAGUGGAAGAGAAAUCUUGGAGCCUUCUUUACUUGGGAUUCAACCUGAACCACCUAGUUGGCCAGAGAGAGAAGAGAUUUUGAGACUGAGUUUUGAAAGGAGAGUGAAAAGUGUUGGAAUCCCUUUGUCUAUUAGGAUGAUUAAGAAGAAGCUACAAUUGGAACAAGGUUUUAGAGAUGAAUCAAGUGAAUUGAAUAAUUGUUCUAUUAAGAAGAGUUUUGGAUCUUUGUUGUUUAUUCUUCACGAGCUUCAGAAUCAUGCUUUGCAAACAAGGGAAUCACUUUGUGGUGAAGAUUUGAAAAGUGUUAUGGUUAAGCUAAAUAGAGAAAUGGAUGAUUCUUUUGUGUGGUUGUUUCAACAUGUUUUUAGUGAGACACCAUCUCUCAUGGUUGAUGUUAUGGUUUUCCUAAGUAACUUUUCUGUGUUUUCUAUGUAUAACAACAAUAUUGUUAAGGAUGUGAGUGAAGUUCUACAUGGUGUUGUGGUUCAAGAUGAGUGUGUAAAGAAAGAGUUGACAGCAGUGGAAGUAAAGUUGUGGAAUUUUAUAUUGGAGGAAGCUUCAAAGAUGCGGACAGAAUUGAGGGGUGAGGUUUUGGAUCAUGAAACAAUGAUGAAGUUUGUGGCACCAGUUUGUGUGGAGAUUGAAGGGGAUCAAUAUGAGGAAUAUGAGAAAACUGAGGCUUAUUACAAAGAGCAUUUAGGCCUUUCACCUUACAAUUCACUUCUUCUGUCAAAUUAUGCACAGUUCCUCUUCCUAGUUCUUCAUGACACUGAUGGUGCUGAAGAAUACUACAAAAAAUCAGUGCUAGUGGAGUCACCAGAGGGUGAAACAUAUUGUAGAUAUGCUGAUUUCUUGUUGUGGAUAAGAAAGGAUAAUUGGGCAGCAGAAUUGAGAUAUCUACAAGCAUUGGAAUCAGAUCCUGGCAACACUUUUUAUUUGUCAAAGUAUGCUAGUUUCCUUUGGAAUACUGAUGGACAAGAAGACAAUUCUACUAGCUUUCCUAUAGAAGAAUUAGAUAACUUACAAAUAUGA